CGCGCACAUGGACAUUCAUUUGGGUGAAUAAACCACAAGCAUGUAACUGCGUGCUGCAUGUAACAGGUCCCAGAUAGGUGAUUUUAACCAGGUGAUUACAUCGCUUAAAGAUUCAUUAAAAAUGUAUGGAAAUGACCUUACUCAAAUAGCAGUAUUUAGGAUGCUAGGCCAGCUGCAAUGUGCAGAUAGAAGUAAGCAAAAGUGGGUUUAAUAGCCACUUCAUAUGUAAUUUCAGUGUGACCAUCGACAGGAGACAAGAUAUCUUUAGUGUGGACUAACGUUAUGUGAGUAUUUACUUUACAAAACAGCACAUUAUCAACUGCAGCUAGGAUAUGUGGCUAUGUUAGCCCCAAAAUUGGCCAGAAAGUCCGACCAUAGCUUUUAUCCUGAUAGCAAGCCAUUCCUAAAUUCUUCACUAUUUGCACUCAUUAAUGAUAUUAUUGACACAACGUGAACGUAUUAACAUUGUCUUAUAUUUCGACGGGAACAUUUUCUCAACAUAAAUUGUAGUGAUUUAAGCUGUCUAUUUAUAAGGAAACUCCUCACAAAUGUCGACGCAUCAACUGUUUUAAGGACAGCCCCGCUUCACUUCAUAGGACCAGAGAUAUGCUUCCCACACCGCUAUUGGUGAAACGGGAUUUGAUUGACAUGAGACCCGACCAAUCCGCUCCCAGAACUCGUUAACGUGGGCUUGUCAACUGUAAUUCGUAGCCAAUUAGAUCCAGACUUCGUAUUGAAGUUGACCAAUGGCGUCGGCUAUUACGGAAUGUAUCCAAUCAGAUUAAAGUGUAGGGUCUUUUAAAGAUAGUUUCAGGAAGUGCCGUUAAAUACCAGGAAGUUGUAAACAAAGCUGACAGCUAUUUAGUUAGCUGUUAACUACAUCUGAAUGGAUGGUGAGCCAGUUGUGUAAAACAGGAUAGUGAUUCGCCGAUAUCGUGUAUUUAUCCAUAAUACAGCUAGUCAUUUCCUUUUGUUUAGAGAUAGUUUGGAGGAAAUAUAUAAUUUUCCGUGCGUUUGUUCAACCAGCUAACGUUAGCUGCCUUCCGUUGUGUCGUUAGGGAAAGGCUAACGUUUGCACAAGGACGUUGGAGCUAGCGUCAACGCUUGCGGAGUUCAAGUGUUAGACUCCCGACCUGAACGGACAGUGAGCUACAUCAGUGCCCGGUCCUCGUCUUGUGCUGCAUUUGCUGUCUGAGGACAGAAAGAGCGAGAGGAGAACAAUGUCUACAUCCAACGCUAAUUUCAAAAACAAGUGUGUGACCCAGGUGAACUGCAUAUUCUGUGACAGUCUGCUCUGUACGAGAGGAAUGAAAGCAGUGCUUCUCGCAGACACUGAGGUUGAGCUUUUUUCGACUGAUAUACCUCCCAAUAGAACUGUUGACUUUGUGGCCAGCUGCUACUCUACUGAAAGCUGCAAAUGCAAACUGAGAGACAUCGCUUGUCUCAAGUGUGGUAAUGUUGUGGGCUAUCAUGUUGUGGCCCCCUGUAAACCCUGCCUGCUUUCCUGUAACAACGGCCAUUUCUGGAUGUUCAAUAGCGACGCUGUAUCUACUCUCAACAGACUGGAUGCAACAGGUCUGAAUCUGCUCCUGUGGGGUGAUCUUCCUGAGCUGGAUGAUAGUGAGAAUGAAGAAUCAGAAAGCCCAUCAGAGGAGGAGUGUAUUAGGUAGAAAGGGAAAUGGACAAUGUGACAGACCUGGAACGCCAACAUUUAAGAGGUGGACCUAAAAGAGUGUACAAACCAUGUUUGAGAUAAGAGAGAGAAGAGAAACCUCAAAGGGUAAUUUAACACUGAAUCAAAUAGGGCAGAAAAGUGCUGCUGUAGUGCUUUGCAUGGGUUAAAAACUUCUGUGCAUCUGGCCACACCCCAAUCAGUGAUGUCACAGCAGGUGCUUUGCCUUUUAUAUAGGGAGAAGAACACCUGCUGUGACAUCACUGAUUGAGGCGUGGCCAGAAACACAACGGGCUCCAAAGUUUGAACCCACAGAGGACAAUGCACCGAACGAUUUUGGCCCUACUAAUUUAGUGUUGAAUUACUCUUUAACCUGUGACCAUGCCUUCCCCCCCAAUCACUUUUCACUGUUAAAAGCACAGACACACACACUGUCACACAUAUAUUCUUUUCUCUCUUUUUCUCUUUUUUUGUACAUUUGCGGGGGCUAUUCAAAACACACGCGGCUGAAGUAAAUUAAAAAUAAGAGAAGACUAGACUUCUUAAUCUAGUGCAUUCUCCAUUUCAUCAGAGUCUCCACUGACCUCUUUGUUUUGAUGAGCCUCAUGAGAUGUUGAGAGUGUGGUGUGAUAAGUCAGUGGGACUUACCAGUGAAUGUUGCGCUUUUUCACACUGUUUAUGUCCAAUUGUCUGAUAAGUUGACCACAGUUCACCAACCUCCGUUUUAAUGGCAGUUAUAAUCUGUACAUUGAAUAUGCUGUACUAAGCAAACAAUCCCAUUAACAUGUGUCAUGUCUUAAAGGCUUAUAUGCUCUCUGUGUGGCUGGGUGCUGACUGAAAGCUUGGGUGCUUUUUGAAUCCCAUGUAUUGGAGAAAUAGCACAAUUAUUGAAUUAGAUAUAUAUAUAUAUAUAUAUAUAUCUGAGUUUCUUGCUUUUUAGGGGCGUAUUUGAAUUAGGUUACCGUACGAUCUGACGUUCUAUCAGUGAUGCGUUUUGAUAUGCUAAUACAGUGUUUGUUACACACCUGACAGCAACAGUAUGUGUUUAACACCCAGAUGAAUUUGACUGUAGCAGUAUCUGAUACUAACAUACUAACUUAUGCAUAGGGUGUGCUUCCACAAAGGCCUGGAGCAGCUGAAUUUUUAAAGUUUAGGUGUUUUGUUAGGAGCUUAAAUCAAGUAAUAUAUUCCCAGAUUGAUGAUAUAGAAUAAGAUAAAAUAGGGAAUUAACUAAAGGUGCAAUUUUGCAGCUCUCCUUAACUCUUCAAUGUGGAUCAUAACAUGGAUUUCUGUGUCCAUGCUCUGUUUUUGUUGCAUUACUGUUCAGUUUUAUGUAGCAGCAUAACUGUAGCACCUGCAGAGAAGAAAAAAUAAACUCCAAAGAAUCAUGGAACAUAUCAGUAUUGAACUUAUGGCCUGGCUACCCCUCUAAAAAAGACGAGAUAAUGUAAUUUUGAGCAUUUCACAUUUUUAAGUAAGCUCAAGUCAGUGGAGCUGAGCAUAAAACUCUCAACCCCUCAGUAUUCUAUUGACCUCACUGAUGCUGUGAUCGUUGACAAUUAACCUUUUGUUAAGCUGUGGACUCGGGGGUUGACGCUGUAUGUUAGUUAGUCAUAGUCGACUGACCAGGGCUUCUCUGCAGCCUCUUGUGCCAGACACAAGCUUCAACCUCCUCCAGUCACAAGGGACUAAACUCAAGUCAGUCCUUUUUUGGCAGUGCCAUCCUUCUGCUCUUGUUCUUGUUUCACUGCUGUGCCCUGCUGAUACUAUGAUCCUGUCUUAAAGCAACAGUCUUUCUGUGAGUGAAUGAGAUUUGCCUGUAUUGUGGGCAAACAUUGUUGGAGAAGCUAACACAGAAUGUCACAUCUUACCUGAAGGAAAAGGAUAAAGGAAGUAGGUCUUUAACUGUAAUUAGGCCUCUAUGUUUAUCUAUGCUAUAGCAUUUAGUUAUGGAACAAUAGAGGAACACAUAGAGGAGGAAAUCUUUGUCCAGAUCUUCACAUCCUUCACCUUAAAGUUAUAACUGACAGUCUGCUACACUUGCACACCAAAUACUGUGUAUGUGGUAAACUAAUAGGAUACAGCGCAUCAGCUAUGUAUUUAUUAAAUCCACAAACCAAAUAUCUAUAACCACAUACUUCCUUUUUGUUUACAAGCUUUGUUUACAAAUGCAUUGGUUUGUACUGUAUCGUGCUAUAGUACUUAUGUUUUCGUUCAUGUAUUUAAUAUUUCAUUUGUGAUGUAGUGCUUUGUUUUAUACGUUACAGAUCUGGAUGUGUACGGUUUUACCUCAAGAAGGUAUCACUUGCGAGCUUCCUCUGGCUAGGACAAUUGUCAAAUGAUAAUCAAAAAAAACAAAUUAUUUAAAUGGCUGUUUCUGACGUGAAUAACUUUGAUUAACAUGCCCUGCUGAAAAAUGUAUAUUUUGGAAUUGCACUGAAACUGCAUUGGUAGUUUGAAAAGAUGAUUUGUUGUUUUGUAUGCUUGUUAAAUUAAUAAACUUUUUUUUUUCCAAAAUA